AAUAGCUAAAUAAUUAGUCAGCAUUGUUAUGAGUCAAAGUCUAUUUGCUGCAUGACAGAGUGAGACUGUAUGAAAAAAAUCCCUAAAUAAAGAAUUAGCCAGCAUUGUUCUGAGUUAAAAUCCACUUGCCCCCAUGUUAUGUGUGAGCAGCCAAGCCUUAACUUUCAGGAAAAGUGGGCCAGACCCCCUCCCCACAGCCUGCCUCCUUGGCCUAGAGAUUGACGUCUGUCUCUCACCCUUCCCCAAGCUGACUCACCCCUGGAGCAGAGGGCAGACCUGGCUGGGAGUGCAAAGGGCAGCUCCUGCAUAAGUGGGCAACUGCAGCUGUGGCCUGCAGGGGGCUGGUGGGACACCUGUGCCUGUUUAGCCUCCCUCUCCCGUGGCUGCAGAAGAGCCAGAGUUUCCUCACUGUCAUCCAGGGUCGAAAUUACAUCCACUCACAGUGACAUCAUCACACCCACCCACCAUCUCACACACACGAUCAUACCCACUGGUAGACUGCACACGCGGUGGCACACUCACACCAUCACACGUGUUCUUGUCCAUGCAUUUAUCCUCAUUCCUGACACGGUGUCCGGGCUCGGCCCGGCCAGGGGCAAACCUUGCAGGAAGCGGAGCUGACAGCCUCCCGGAGCUCACAGCGUGGGGCGGACAGACAUUGGCCAGUAACCAGUACAAGCGGAGCUAAGGCGUCAGGGAGGACCUCCCCGAGAGGCUGAGGCAAGCAAAGGGGGCCUGUUGGAGACUUGCCAGAGGAGGGCAGGGGGCAGCUCUGCAUCGGAGAGCCUUGGGACGGCCUGCUCUCCUCCCGCCCUAUCCGGAGGCUGAAGGAGGAGGCGCCCUCAGGGGGCGGGACCGUCCUGAGCUCGCAGGCCCGGGCAGGAGUGGCAGGCGUGUCGUGGGCCCUCACUGGCGGUCUUCGGUCUCCGCCCCGAGAUCAGGGCCCGGCCACGUGGUGGGGCGGACCGGGGCGGUCCUGAGCCUUCGACCUCGCGGGACCGUGAGUCCAGUUCACAGUCUGGGGCUGUCGCUGAGGGACUAGCGUGAGUCCAGCGACAGGAGAGUAAGCUCACCACGCACAGCGCCAUGACCAGCAAGGGUCCCGAGGAGGAGCACCCCUCCGUGACGCUCUUCCGCCAGUACCUGCGCAUCCGCACCGUCCAGCCCAAGCCUGACUAUGGAGCUGCGGUGGCCUUCCUUGAGGAGAGAGCCUGCCAGCUGGGCCUGAGCUGCCAGAAAGUGGAGGUGGCACCUGGCUAUGUGGUGACCGUGCUGACCUGGCCAGGCACCAACCCUACACUCUCCUCCAUCUUGCUCAACUCCCACACGGAUGUGGUGCCUGUCUUCAAGGAAUAUUGGAGUCACGACCCCUUUGAGGCCUUCAAGGAUUCUGAGGGCUACAUCUAUGCCAGGGGCGCCCAGGACAUGAAGUGCAUCAGCAUCCAGUACCUGGAGGCUGUGAGGAGGCUGAAGGCGGAGGGCCACCAGCUCCCCAGAACCAUCCACAUGACCUUUGUGCCUGAUGAGGAGGUCGGGGGUCACCAAGGCAUGGAGCUGUUCGUGCAGCGGCCAGAGUUCCAGGCCCUGAGGGCAGGCUUCGCCCUGGAUGAGGGCCUGGCCAACCCCACUGAUGCUUUCACUGUCUUUUAUAGUGAGCGGAGUCCCUGGUGGGUGCGGGUCACCAGCACUGGGAGGCCAGGCCAUAGCUCGCGCUUCAUCAAGGACACAGCAGCAGAGAAGCUGCACAAGGUUGUGAGCUCCAUCCUGGCAUUCCGGGAGAAGGAACAGCAGAGGCUGCAGUCAAACCCCCACCUGAAAGAGGGAGCCGUGACCUCUGUGAACCUGACUAAGCUAGAGGGUGGCGUGGCCUAUAACGUGGUACCUGCCACUAUGAGCGCCAGCUUUGACUUCCGCGUGGCACCGGAUGUGGACUUAAAGGCUUUCGAGGAGCAGCUGCAGAGCUGGUGCCAGGCAGCUGGUGAGGGGGUCACCUUUGAGUUUGGUCAGGAACCUCACUCUGGAGCCUGAGAUCUUCCCUGCUGCCACCGACAGCCGCUAUCUCCGAGCGGUGGGGGUCCCAGCUCUAGGUUUCUCACCCAUGAACCACACACCUGUGCUGCUGCACGACCAUGAUGAACGGCUCCAUGAGGCCGUGUUCCUCCGGGGGGUGGACAUAUAUACACGCCUGCUGCCUGCCCUUGCCAGUGUGCCUGCCCUGCCCGGUGAGAGCUGAGCCCUGGAAUUCCUCAACCUCUGCCACUGGGGCUUCCAUCCAACCAGUACCAAUGACCCCCUCUUCCCCCUUCCAAAUAAUAAAGUCUGUGGACAGGGCUGUCUCUGAAGUACUAACAGCAACGACACUCACGGAGCAAGAAUUUUCCUUUUCCCGGGGACAUGUUAUCUUCUCCAUUUCACACAUGAAUAAACUGAGCCUGUAAGUCA